AUGCGACGCAAGAUCCAGUCACUCAUCUUGUGUCGUGGCGUGCCUGCAAUCUGGUUCACGCUCAGCCCGAACGACAUCACGAACCCGGUGAAGCUGAGACUGGCGGCGUACCGCACACGUGAUCCUGAAGCGGCCGAGGCAUUUCUGAGAAGCCUCGACAUGGCGUUCAAACGUGCGCGGCUGGCCAUCUCGGACCCGUUGAGCUCGGCCGAAUUCUUCCACCGAGAGAUGACGUUGUUCUUCGAAAAUUACGUCAGAGUGGGCGAGGAGUCGGGAAAUGCGCAUCUAAGCUCAAUGCUUGUCGAUAUCCACGGCGAGGAUCAAGCGGCAUACCGAGAGCGCAUUGUCAGAUACGUCGACAGCGUCUUUUCCGAGGAUCUGGACCAGGAAGGUUUCUGCGCAAUCCAGGCAGAGCGAUCGGUAACAUCAGAUAUAUCGCAGUUGCUGGGCGAUGAACGGCAAUUUUCAGCCUCGUUCGACGAGGAAGCGAACUUCUGUGCCGGCGCGACGCAGAUCCAUACCCAUAGCCCGACCUGCGUCAAGUACUCGCUGGGCAAGGGGGCGCAAGAGUGA